CGCGAAGCGAGCCAUCCGCCGCCGAACCCUCUCGUCGCGCACGCCAUCCGCCGCCCUUUGACGCUCGCCUCAGCCGUCGCUCCACACCACCCCCUCUCCUCCCUCCGUCCAACACCCGACACACUCGACCAGCACGCACCAUGUCUGCCCCCGUCGCGUCCACCUCGACCGCGAUCCCGGCCUUCGACGCAUCGACCCUCUCGCAGGUCAACGCCGACCUCGCCGAGGCGACGCCGCAAGAGAUCAUUGAGUGGGCCGUCGACCACGUCCCGGGCCUGUACCAGACGACGGCGUUUGGCCUGACGGGCCUCGCGGCGACGUCGAUGGUGUCGACCCUGAGCAAGCGCCGCAAGCAGCCGCACCUCGUCCCGCUCAUCUUCCUCGACACGACGUACCACUUUGCCGAGACGCUCGACCUCGCGCACGCCGUCGAGCGCAAGUACAACGCGCCGCUGCACAUCUUUGCGCCGAUGGGCGUCUCGAACGCGCGCGAGUUCGAGGCCAAGUACGGCGAGCGCCUGUGGGACGAGGACGAGGACACGUACGACUACCUCGUCAAGGUCGAGCCCGCCCGGCGCGCGUACGAGACGCUCGGCGUCAAGGCCGUCAUCACCGGGCGGCGGCGCAGCCAGGGCGCCGACCGCGCCGCGCUGCAACCCGUCGAGGUCGACUCGACCGGGCUCGUCAAGGUCAACCCGCUGUGCCGGUGGGGGUUCCAGGACGUCAAGGACUACAUCGACAUGGCCGGCGUGCCGUACAACCCGCUCCUCGACCAGGGCUACAAGAGCGUCGGCGACUGGCACUCGACCGUCAAGCCCAAGGACGGCGAGGGCGAGCGCUCGGGCCGGUGGGCGAGCAACAAGACCAAGACCGAGUGCGGCCUGCACAAGGACUACUUCGCCAUGAAGCGCGCGUUCGAGAAGAAGCAGCGCGAGGCCGACCGUGCCGCGGCCGACAAGGCGCGUGGCGACGACGAGGUUGGCGAGUCGUCGGUCGACAUGUCCAAGGCCGAGGCGCAAGAGGCCAAGGAGGACCUGACGGCGAGCUUCAGCGACCUGCGCCUCGGGGCAUGAGCGCGCUCGCGCUCGUUCCUCUCGGCCUCUCUCUCUCUCGCCGGCUCUCUCCUCGCCCUAGAUCCCCUUAGAAACCGCCCGUAGAGGGCAGGAGACGGACAUUCUGUGCUUCCCCUUCCGCCUUUUAGACCUCCUCGCUCUGUUGCAGUCCCCCUCCCUCGAGUUGUGCCUCUCCCUCUCUCUCCUUUUAGUCUCUCCUGCAUCGCCGCCUUAUCUGUUGCC